UGGAUGAAUGUUAAAAAGCGUAGAAGAAGAAAAGGAAACUGCAUAAACAAGAUCCGGCUAGCGCGAUUGAGUCAAAGAACAAACUAUAUUUAAAUAAUCUGCGCAUAUAAAUAGAUCGUUGGCGAGAAAGUUGAUGUUGCUCUUUCACGACAUUAGGAAAAUCGUAGCCGAUUGGUUUUAAUUAACACAGAAGUUGGUUAUAUGUGGAUCCAGCUUCAGAGACAUGUCAACCUUCCUGUCGAUCAUCAGCUGUAUGACCUGUGUCUCCAGUCGGGUUCUCUGGAGAAGUUCUUCCAGUAUCUGUCCAUUGUUUAAACCAGUUCCGACUGGACUGACAGCUGUUUGGGCAGCUGGCAAGAAGGACCUGGUAGACGUUCCUGUCCUGAAGGAGGACGAGCUCGAAGAACAGUUUGUAAGAGGAUCAGGACCUGGAGGACAAGCUACCAACAAAACCAGCAAUUGUGUUGUACUCAAGCACAUCCCCACUGGUAUUGUAGUGAAGUGCCAUCAAACAAGAUCUGUGGAUAUAAAUCGAAAGCGUGCCCGGGAAAUUUUGAGAGAGAAAGUCGAUGUUGCAUAUAAAGGAGAACUUAGUGAAGUGCUUGUAAAGAAGAAAGACUCUGUGCUGAGGAAACAGGAGAAGAGGAGGAAGGCUAAUGAAAAUCUGGAGAGAAAAAAACAGUAUAAGGAAAUUCUGGCUGCAGAGUCUAACUCCGGGAAUGACACUGUUUAAAAUGUAUGAGUAAAAUGUCAAAAGAAGAAUGUGAUUACGUGCCUAAUGCAUAAAAUGCAUCUUUGUAUUUCCAUCCAUCCAUCUUCUACCGCUUACUCCCAUAGGGGUCGCAGGGGGUGCUAGAUUCUAUCCCAGCUACCGUAGGGCAAGAGGCAGUGGCACCUUUGUAUUUAAAAAGUUGAAAUAAAAAUUAAUUUUCUUUUAAUGUGCUCUAUACUACUGCAACUAUAUAUUGCUUUUUUAUUUAUAUUGAUAAAACAACUUUUAAAUUCUUUAGCCAUAUAUCUUCCCCCAUUUAAAUUGCAAGAUAUAAAUACUGUAUUAAAGCAAAUAAACAAAUAAAGGAAGUAGUAAACGGA